ACAGACAGGCAACAAAAUAUCUUGCAUCCCAAAACUCUAGUUGUACUAUCUUUUGAUAAAUUAAGAGUAAAAAAAUAUUGAAUAUCAAGACAUUUUUAUUUGUUUAGUAUCAACAAUCCGAUUUUUUAACAUUACCAUCGUCACCCACAUCAAAUCCAUCGAAAUUAGAUCAAUUAGAAGAACAAUUAAAAUAUUAUCGAUCGAAAGAAAGUGAAAUGAAUUUUCAAGUGAAAUCAAUUCGAGACUCUUAUGAAAAAUUGAAUGAUGAAAAUCGUCGAUUACAAGAAACGCCUCAAAUUGAAAUAGCUUCAUUACAAGAAGAAUUAACUUUAGUUAAAAUGCGUGAUGCAGAAACAAAUGUUAAUUUGAAUGAAUUAAAACAAAGAGUAAUUGAUUUAAAUAGAGAAUGGCAAAUACACGAACAAAAAUGUAAAAUAUUAUUAUCUGAUAAACAACAGCAGACAUUAACACCUCAAGAAUAUGAUGUAGUUGAACAUGAAUUAUUAGCAUUAAAAAUGCGUGAAGCACAAACAGAUUAUGAUUCAACUAAUAACAAUAAUAAGGAAGAUCGUGCAAAAUUUGAUUAUACAGACGAAUCGUAUGCAUAUGAUCCAAAAUUAGAAUAUGUUGACAUCGAAACAUUUAUGUAUGUUACUCACGGGCUGAACGAGAAUUUUGAUACAGACAAACCACACACAAAAGAACAAGUGGUUAUUUACAAACGUCUUGUGCGUUACAAAUAUCUUGAUAUUCAAUAUUUUUUUACUCUUAAUUUAUCAAAAGAUAGUACAACUAGAGUUUUGGGAUGCAAGAUAUUUUGUUGCCUGUCUGUUUAG